AUGGCAGAGACAUCCCAAGAGGAACAGACUCCGCGUCCAGGGUAUUUGGCAAAGUUUAAGGCAGCGUUCAACUAUUUCUCGGUCUUUGUCCAAGCAAACCCGUCACCUCUCGAUAUAUUCCUGCUUGUCACUGGAGUAGCCUUUGCUAUUGCUGCAGGUGUUCCGUUUCCACUACUAGCAAUUAUUUAUGGCCAGCUCCUCGAUGAUUUCAACGGCCAGAUCUGCGCCGCCGACACCCAGGCCUCGGUCAAUAACAACUACUAUCAAAAUAGGGUCAACGACAAAAUUCUGUACAUGGUGUACCUGGGCAUCGCUCACUUCUGCCUCGUGUACAUCCAUCUCGUAUGUUGGUCUCUAGGUGGCGCUAGACUGGCGCAACGCCUUCGCGAGCACUAUCUACGCAGCCUCCUACGGAAAGAACCCGCAUUCUUUGAUACCCGCCUUAGCGGUGAAGUGUCAUCACGACUCAAUGGCGACAUCUCUAUGAUACGCAUGGGAACUUCAGAGAAAGUCGGCAUCUGUCUGUCCAGUAUUUCCUUCUUUGUCACAGCGUAUAUCGUCUCCUUCAUCAAGAUCGCGAAACUCGCUGGGGUUCUCGUUGCGCUUGUGCCGGCAUUCUUUUCGAUGUCACUUAUCGGAGGAUACUUUGUCAAGAAAUCCUCUUCCGAAGUAUCCGACCACUUUGCCGCAGCCUCGUCUGUUGCAUCAGAAGCGUUGACAAAUGUUGCCGUUGUGCACGCCUUCAAUGCAAACAACAAGCUGGAAUCCAAUUUCUCAUCGCACCUACGCUUGGCUAGAAAAGCUGGCAUCGACAAGGCGUUGGCUAACGGCAUUCAGUCUGGCUUGGUGUAUUUUAUCGCCUAUUCAGCUGAUGCACUGGCAUUUUGGCAGGGUAGCCAUAUGAUAGCGGAUGCGGUUGCUGGCCAAGGAAAGGAAACGACGAUAGGAGCGGUCUUCACCGUCGUUUUUCUCCUAGUCGAUGCCACGUUGAUACUUAGCCAGAUGACUCCAUUCCUGGCCAUCUUUGCGGGGGCUGCAGCUGCCUUUGGUAAGUUGAAGGAAGACAUCGAUGCGCCCUCGGUGAUCGAUGGCAUCGUGGACACGGGACUGAGGUUGCCUGCCGAUGCUGCGGGUGAAUUCAAACUUCGGAACGUCUCCUUUACCUACCCAUCCAGGCCAGAGCAGAAGGUGCUCCAGAAUGUGUCUCUGAGCUUUCCGGCUGGCAAAAAGACAGCCAUAGUUGGGUUUUCAGGUAGCGGCAAGUCGACUAUAGCCAGCCUAUUGCUUCGACUCUACGAUCCUAUCGAGGGCUCAGUGACCUUGGACGGACAGGAACUCCACGAGCUGAACACACGCCAGGUGCGCGGUAUGGUUGGUCUCGUACAACAGGAAGCCACUUUGCUGGACCGAUCAGUCCUUGAAAAUGUUGCCCACGGUUUAGUGAACUCGGCUACGCCCGGACACGAACGGUUCCAAGAUGUGCUGCUCGGACCUCAACUCAAUGCUGUAGCAGCCGCCAUGAGAGCGGGUACUGAAGCAAAAGAGGCUGCUCGCGAGCAGGGCCCGAUAGUGGAAGAGAUCAUUGACAUGGUCCAACACGCAAUGGAUAUCUCAGACGCUGCACGGUUCAUCAAGAACAUGCCAGAAGGCCUCGGCACCAUGGUAGGGGCUAGUGGAACACGGCUCAGUGGAGGACAGAGGCAACGUAUCGCCAUUGCGCGAAGUAUCAUCAAGAAUCCCAAGAUCCUCAUCCUCGACGAAGCCACCGCAUCACUCGAUUCGCAGAGUGAGAGGGAGAUUCUCGAAGCUCUCGAACGCUGCUCAGAAGGCCGGACAGUGAUAUCAGUGGCUCAUCGUCUCAGUACGAUUCACAAGGCCGACAACAUCGUCGUUAUGGGAAGCGGCCGGGUUCUGGAACAAGGAACCCACCCAGAGCUCAUGAGCAAACAUGGCGCAUACGCAAGACUUGUCAGCCUGCAGAACUUGGAUUCCACCUCUGCUGCACGGCAAUCGAACGAAGACGUCUCGCUCAGCGGUGUGCCCGAGAUGGAAAAGGUGGAACAUGAUCUGGAGAAGACCGAAAACCCCGAAAUCUCAAUCGCAGUCACCAAAGGCGGCGACAUUUUGUCACCAGCAGCUACCAAAGAAGACCAAGUCCAUCAGAGUCUCACAUCUGUGACCAAAGCCAUGUCACGCUUCAUACGCCCUCACGCUCUCGUAGCACUCUUCGCACUCGCAGGAGCCAGCAUUGUUGGUGGAGCAUACUGUGCUGACGCCGUGAUCUUCGGCCACACUGUUGGCGGACUGAGCCCCUGUCGCUCACCCUCUCAGAUUCGAGACAGUGGCCGUUUCUACGCACUCAUGUUCUUCGUGUUGGCUAUCAUAGAGUUUUUUGCCAAUAUCGCCAGUUGGGUUGGUUUUGGCUGGGUCUCUGAAAAGACCAUCUACACGAUUCGCGUGUCCCUCUUCCGCGCCCUCUUCGAUCAGGAUGUUCAAUGGCAUCAAUCCAAGGGCCGUACGGCAGCCAGUUUGCUCGGCCUGAUCACCAACGACGGCAACCAGAUCGCUGGCCUCAGUGGGUCAAUCAUCGGCACCAUCUUGUCGAUUUGUAUCAACCUUUUUGCCGCUGUCAUUAUGACGAUGAUCAUUGCCUGGAAGCUCGCCAUUGUAUGUAUGAGCAUCGUCCCACUUCUCCUCAGUGUGGGAUUCACGCAGCUACGCGCCCUGGCCCGAUUCGCUGACAAACAUGAGCACGCCUUCAACAAGUCAGUUGGGGUCGGUGUAGAAGCCGUCAGUUCUAUGAAGACUGUUGCUACGCUGUCACUUGAACACGAGAUCCUGGGCGUGUACCAACGCACACUGGAAGGGCCGACACGAGAGGUUACCGCCAUUAGCUUCUAUGCCAACGUCUGGCUCGCGCUGCAAUACUUGAUCGGCAAUCUAGCGUUUGCGCUGGGUUUCUGGUGGGGAUCUAAACAAGUCUUCAACGGCACGUAUAGCCAGACACAAUUCAUCAUGGUCGUCUUCUCGUUGCUGGUUAGCGCGCAGCUCUGGACUCAGAUGUUCGCCCUUGCUCCUGAGAUCACCAACGCCCGAAGUGCUAUUGCAAGAGUUACCAACGUGAUAGCCCUAGGGUCAUCAAGCACCAUCGGGAGAUCUUCGCUUGCCAGCAAGGAACGAGACAUCGAAGCCAUCGCGGAAAUCAGGAACAUUGUACUGCCACAAGGGUCAACGGGCAUGGACGUAAAACUACAGAACGUCUACUUCUCCUAUCCCGCUCGUCAAAGCGCCACUGCUUUACACGACCUCAGCCUGCACAUCCGCCCCGGCCAGUUCUGUGGACUCGUCGGACCCUCAGGGGCAGGAAAAUCAACCAUUACAUCUCUGAUUGAGCGGAUGUACGUCUCACGCUCCGGUGAGAUCCUGAUUGACGGGAAAGACAUCACGAAACAAGACGAUCUAUCUUUCCGCGACGACAUCGCCCUCGUACCACAAGACGGGGUGCUCUUCGACGGUACGAUACGAUUCAAUCUCUCACUAGGCGCACGACCCGGGACGACAGUGUCAGAUGAAGAGAUGAUCGAGGCCUGUAAACUGGCUAGCAUUUACGAAACCAUCCUCCAGCUACCCCAGGGGUUCGACACGCCCUGUGGCACCAAUGGGAGCAAACUCUCCGGUGGGCAGAAGCAUCGACUGGCCAUUGCUCGUGCGCUGGUGCGAAAACCGAGACUAUUAAUUCUGGACGAACCCACGAGUGCCUUGGACGCAGAGACGGAACGCACCCUCCAAGAGAACUUGAGAGUGGCGACGCGUGGCAUCUCCGUCCUGGUCAUUGCUCAUAGAUUAUCUACCAUACGGCACGCGGACGCUAUCUUCUUGAUCGAAGCGGGACGAUGCGUGGAUGCUGGUACUCAUGACGAGCUGUUCGAGAGAUCCGAGUCGUAUCGUGCAAACGUGCUUAGCCAGAUGAUUGCAGCGUGA